AUGCACGAUGGACUACGACGUAGUACAUACUACAUCGUAGUUGCCUUUGAUAGUUGCUUUAGAGGAAAUUUUGUUCGGUCAAGCCAUAUACUUCGUGUGUGGCUUUGUUUCUGCUCUGAUCCGAUUGCUCAUCAUCGAUGGCAUCAGCCCGUCGCCUUUGCGUUUCGCCAACACCAUCAUGCGCCUCCCCUCCCCUCCCUCGCUCGCGAACAUUGCAGCGACAGAAUUGCUGCCAUGCCUGCCAUUCGACUUCGGCACGGAAGGAGGCCUCCGAUUGAUUUUCUGCUCAGAGUUGUGUCAUGGUACUGCUGCUGGUGCUGCCUGCCGGAGUCAGUCAUGCGACUGACGCCUUCCACAAGUCCAAUACUGUAUUAGCUGCGAGCUUCAUGGCACAAUUGGAGUUACUCCUAUCUUGUCUGGAACCCUAAGUUUUCUCUGGAGACGACGGUGUUCCUUUCAUGUGGUUCACCUUUGACUUCUUUUACCGAGAAUCUUACACUGCAGAAUUACCUUUUUUAUUAUGAACCCUUUGAACCUGCGCGACAAUAUAGCAUUGCGAUCUCUUUUCUUGCUUCCUUGGAAGAAGCGCAUUUGUAACGAGUUUCACAGAAAUUGAUUCUUGAUCAUAUACUCAUACGAGCUAUCAUGACUUGCACCAGGAUAUAAAGCUCUUAGGAAAAUUGUACAUUUGCAA